UCUUUAUUAUUCAUUGUUGCGCGCCUUUCGCGUCGUGUGAAAACUUUGUAAUUUUCAUGGUUUUUCCUGUUUUUCCGCGCGUAGCAUAAAGCACCGGUUCCGCGGAGUGUGUAUUAAACGCCGCAAUGCCGGAAUAUCAAAUUAAUGGUAUUACGGUUAACUUUCCGUUCGAACCGUACCAGGUUCAGCGAGAUUACAUGGACCGGGUGAUCGAAUGCCUGCAAAACGGAACCAACGGCGUACUAGAAUCACCGACCGGCACGGGAAAAACGCUCAGUCUUCUGUGCUCCUCACUGGCCUGGGUUUUGCACAAGAAGGCCCAAGUGCAGGCCAAUAUGCGCACAAACAUUACCGAUAUGAAGGAGUUCGAAUUGGUAAAGCGAAAGAAGAUUGGCGAUGUGGGUGGUGGUGGAUCGGAAAUGGAACAACUGCUGGACAAGCUGAAUGAAGGAAGUGGCUCCGAGGGGGCGAAAUGGGGUGUACCGAAGAUAGUGUACGCAUCGCGAACGCAUUCACAACUGACACAGGUAAUGCAGGAGAUGAAAAAUACGAGCUACAGUUUCAUGAAAGGAGUAAUUUUAGGAUCGCGUGAUCAGCUCUGUAUUCAUCCGGAAGUUUCCAAAGAGGAGACUAAUUCGUCAAACAUAUGUAAGGUCAAGAUUCAAACGCGGACGUGUUCGUUCUACAGUCGAGUAGAAAGCUGCAAGGAGCGACCGGAGGUGGUGGAAAAUGCCAUCAUGGAUAUCGCGGAUUUGGUGCGGGUUGGAACGAAGGUGCGAGCAUGUCCCUUCUUCCUAUCCAAGGAGAUGAUCGAGAGCGUGGAUAUCCUCUUCAUGCCGUAUAAUUAUUUGCUAGACCCGAUGGUGCGCAAGGCGAACAAUUUGGAGCUAUCGAACACGAUCAUCAACAUGGACGAGGCUCACAAUGUGGAGAAGAUGUGCGAAGAAUCGGCGUCGAUGCAAAUUCGAUCGACGGACAUAGCGCUGUGCAUCGAUGAUAUUACGUCGAUUAUGAAGGUGAUGGACCACUCGGUGGCUAUUCCAGAUGAUGACGAAACGAAGAAAGAUUUCACCAUCGAUGAUUUGGCCCUACUGAAAGAAAUGAUUCUGCAAUUGGAAAAAACGGUGGACGAGAUUCCGAUUAUGUUUUCUCAGGGUGGGAGCACGUUCACGGGCACUUAUAUUUUCGAAAUAUUCGACAAGGCCAACAUCAAAGAAGGUAAUUAUCAUGUCGUUGCUCAACUGCUGGAGAAUAUUAUCCAGUAUAUUGCUACCAUAACGGAGAAGAAUAACUUUGUGCGGCGUGGCGGUGGAUUGCAGAUUCUGGCGGAAGCGCUUUCAAUCUGUUUCGCCGGUAGUGGUCCGCAGUACCGGGAAUUGAUCGACAGAUGCUACAAGGUGCACAUUGAGUUUGAAGAGCAGAAAAAGAUCAAAGGCAAUGUAAAGCAGGCGGAUGGAUGGACUGCAACCAAGCAGUUGGUUCCAUCGGUAAAAGCCAAUGCGAAGGUUAUCAGCUUUUGGUGCUUCAAUCCAGGAUUCGGAAUGAGGCAGUUACUUGGAAGGAACGCUAGGAGUAUCAUUCUGACCAGCGGUACUUUGGCUCCCCUGAAACCGUUGAUUAGUGAGUUGGACAUUCCUAUUGCGGUAAGGUUGGAGAAUCCACACAUUAUUGAUGGCAGUCAGGUAUGCGUCAAGAUUGUGGGACAAGGGCCGGAUAAGGAAAGUUUAAAUUCUAGUUACGGCAAUCGGGAUAACCCGAAAUACAUUUCAAGUUUAGGUCGAACGAUACUGUCUUUUUGUCCAAUCAUACCAGGAGGAUUGCUAGUUUUCUUUCCUUCGUAUCCAUUAUUGAACAAGUGUCAAGAGUCAUGGCAAGAGACAGGAAUUUGGGCCCAAAUCAGUCGAACGAAACCCAUCUUUGUCGAACCUCGGGGGAAGGCACAAUUUCUGAAUACGAUGACUGAGUACUACCAGCGAAUAAACGAUCCCGACGGAAAAGGUGCGGUUUUCAUGGCCGUUUGCCGAGGAAAAGUAUCCGAAGGGUUGGAUUUCGCGGACAUGAACGGUCGGGCAGUAAUCAUCACCGGUUUGCAAUUUCCCUCGGAUGCCCGAGUAAUAUUGAAAAGAAUGUAUCUCCAAGUCCGAACCAAGGAAAACGAAAUCAUAUCCGGCCAUGAAUGGUAAUCUCUUGAAGCAGCGCGAGCAGUAAACCAAGCCAUUGGUCGAGUAAUUCGGCACAAAAACGACUACGGUGCCAUUUUACUGUGCGACAAUCGCUUUAACAACCAUCGUCAAAAGUCACAACUUUCGUCAUGGAUUCAGCGACACUUGAACUCGAGUCAAAGCCAGAAUAUGAACUUUGGGCCGAUCAUUGGUGAAUUGUCUCGAUUUUUUCGCAACGCCGAAAGAACACUUCCCCAAGCAAAGCUCUCCCGCAACAUAGUGCCGUUAAUACAAGAACCAAUCCCACUUUCAGAAAGCACCAUUCCUGGCGCCCUAAUGGUCAAUAGGGAUACCAAACAAAAACUCGAUGAUAUACGGAAUAAUUUCGUCCGGAUCGAAAAUUCGAACCAAGUAGGAACGAGCUUUAAAAUUUCCGACUAUGCACAGAAGCAUGGACAAAAUCAUGACUCCAAAAGGCCCCAAAACUUCCUUAGUCGGUUGAACACGCAAGUCAGUACAAUCGAUUUCAACGACAUGUCAACGUACUCCACGCCAAGUUCCUCGCAAAGUUCACUGGUCACUAUCCACAAGCGGGAGCGAUCUUCCGAUGGUUCAUCGUUAUCGGCUACCGAAUUUAGCCAAUCAUCUUUCACCAGUCAAAAGAAGCGGAAAGUGGUUCUCAUUCCCCAGCAAAUUAAUAAUCUGAGUAGCGAUGACGACGAUAACGAGAAGAGUAAUACGAUCGGUGACGAUCCCUCUCGGCAGGCCCCCGAGGAUCGUAUCGAACUUAUCAAGGUGAUAAAAUCUUCCGUUCCAAUGAGCAAAUAUCAGGCAUUUCUUAAAACGCUAACCCUCUAUAAUAAGGAGCGGGAUUUUGAAUGCUUGAUGAAAGGAUUGUUGGUGGCAUUUGAUCGCCCGGAGUUAUAUUAUUUGCUGAGAGCCAUGAGACGAUUCGUCAAAGGUGAUCACGAAGCAAGAUUUGACUCCAAGAUCAUAGAGGUUUGUGGUCGAUGAUCUGUGUAUGGGAUAAGGAUUUGUUACGCUAUUGUUUGUGAUAUUGACCAGAUUGGAAGACUUACAGUUUAUUUGUCAUUUAAAUGAUGAAAAAGCUGCUGUGCUUUGCAGUAUAUAAAUAAAUAAUUGAUACUUUAAUGUUAAGUUUUUAAA